UUUGGGGGAACUUUACAGCCUUGCCGUAAAGUGGUCGGUGUGGGUGGGGAAAAUGUGUUCAAGGAUGCAGUAGUUGGAGAUUGCUGGGCUGCAAAGCGGAUAAAUAUACCAGACGGAGGGGGAAAAAAAAUCUAUUUUGUGUAUUUGAGGGGAAGGAGCGAGCUGGUCGGCAAUGAAGUCGGGUAGCAGGCAAAAACGAUACAGUUGCUGUAUGUUGUUACAUUGCAACCUGACGCUUGCUGAGUGAGAGAGUCUGCAGGUUGUAUUGGGGCAGUCGAGCCUCGGAGCCAGCGAUGUCUCCGCGACACCUACCCUCCAGGAGAAGGGGACACACACAGUCCAUAUUUCAGCGGCCGGAAACACAUACCUCAUAAACCUUGCCCUGUCCCCUCGAAUUCUGUUGAAAAACGAAAUCGAUUUCUUAAAUCCUCAAUCGUUAAGGCUGAUUGAUUUCAAUUUCGGCUGCAAUGGUGCUGAGCAGGACUGAGUGCGAAAGAGCCUGUGUGCACUGAAACACUGACCAUGUACAGCCUCCCUGGAGGGAGGCCACCUGGACAAGAUGCUGAACCCUGCUCUCGUCCCCUGUCUCAGGCCCGUGUCUACUUGGAGCAGAUCCGGAGCAGAGUAUCUCCCAGUAUCUCAGAGACCCAGCACGCAACCAGAAGCACAACGACCAAAAGAGACUACCUUGUUGAUGCGGCGAAGCAGAUCCGCUUAGCCUUGGACAGAGAGGUUAAUGAGGAUUACGAGGCUGCGUUUAACUAUUACAAGAAUGGUGUGGAUCUGCUCCUGAAGGGAGUGCAAGUUGAUCCAAACAAAGAGCGCCGUGAAGCUGUGAAACGAAAAACAACCCAGUAUUUGAAGCGAGCUGAGGAAAUAUUCAACUCUCACUUACAGGGAAGCUUAGGAAAUGGUACCGACGAUUCUGGGGGCUUCAGUAGCCUGAGGUUUCGGCCAAAUAGAAUUCUCAGUUCACCUGUAGAGAACCUGAAAACAUCCAAAGUCAUAGCAAUCAUUGACAAGGUGCUGUUGGUCCAGAAUCCAACCACAAAGGAGCCCUUCAUAGUGAAAAGUCUACCCAAAUGUAGCCUGGUGAAUCGUGAAUGUCCGACAAUAAUACCACAGGGUGUUCCAUUUAUGGUGCAACUCCUGCAGUAUUAUGUGAGUGAUGAUGCAGUCUUCCUUCACCUGGAGCAUGUACCAGCAGGGAAGCUUUGGUCUCAGCUGCGUCACCUCCGUCCAUCUAUCACAGAAAAGGGUAUGGAAUUUCCAGAAUGCUCCAGUCCACAUCACAAAACCAUUAAACUGAGAAACAGCUAUACUGCUCCCUCUCUCUCAUCCAUGUGCAGUGACAAUUCCAUACUUCCACCCAAUAGCAAGAAAGAAUGGCAAAGAGAGAUCAAGAAUGAAAUAAAUGGCAAAUGUGACAAGAAGUAUGAGUACAAUACUGAUGGCAUCAAUGAUCCAAAAUCAAGUUCGCAACAAGAAUCUGUGAACGACCAGGCAUCCUGCCAAGUAAAUAUCACGGACCAACUGAGCGCACACAGUGCGAGUGCAAACAAAGCAAAAAUUUGGCAAGGAAAUGAUGGAAUUUCAAAGGGUUGCCUGGCAUUGAAUGGCUUGAGGGGGAGUGCUGAGGGAACAAGCUUACAAAUGGCGCAUCUGAUAUAUAGCGAUGAUUUAACCUUUGACCUCAAUGUCUUGCUUCCAGAAAAGAACGCCAAUCAUGCCAUGACAAUAACUGUGGACCAUUUCAUGCAAAAAGACCUUCAGAGUGAAAAGAGUCAGCUUCUCUACGAGGAUAAGAUUUUACGGUCCCAUGAUUGUUUUUCAGAAAUCAAAAGCUCCAAUGAUGCAUUGAGCCCAAAGUCAUCAAAAACUCACCAAAGCCAAGCAGGUUCAGAUCUGCUGAAAGAAAAGGUUAUUUUGAUUCAUGAGAAGCCUCUGAAUGGAUCUAGUCCAAUUAGAAGUCCUGUUAGAGCCACCAGCUUGAACUUGAAGGCUAGCAGACGGCAAAGAGGUUCAUACCAAAUUACAGUCAAUCCUUUAGAUACCAUUGAGGAUAGUAGCAAAGUCACUGGUGUUGUGGAUAAUUCUGAGCUAGUCCUUGUAGGAGCAUCAUCUGUAAUGCCUGUGAGAAAUACCGCUGUCACAGUGUUGGGAAAGGGGCUGUCAGAGCAGAAGACUUCAGUGAGUGUACUCAGCCCCAUGCAACAACCUAAUACGCACUUGAAAUCAUCUUUAAUUGAGCCUCCAGUAAAGGCAUUAACGUUGAAAGGUAUCUCAACUAAUGAAGUGGAAGUGUUGACCCACAAAGGUGAAAGUCCUGAGAGGAUUGACCAUCUGUUUAAACUUCCAAACCAAACGUCAGUUCCUGAAACCUGCUGUGACCAUGAGAAUUGCAAUGCCAGAACUAUUUUGUGCAAAGGGUGCCUUCGCAAAGCUGAGAAUGGAAGGUGCUGCAACAGGAUGUUGGGCUUUUCUGCUCCUGACAAAGCAGAAGAUUUGUCAGGAGCAUGUCUUUCAACUCUGAAUUCAAAAGCUGAACUGCCUGAUCCAAAUCAAGCCACCUCUGGUCUGUCUGAGGAUCACAUUAGAAUCUGGGCAGCUGAGAUGGUUCUCGCCUUAGAAAGCUUACAUCAACAAGGAAUUGUAUGUCUGGAUCUAAAUCCAAGAAAUAUACUUGUGGACAAUGCAGGUCACAUUUGCCUCACUUACUUCGGCCAAUGGAGUGAAGUUGAAGUUCAAUGUAGUGCUAAAGCGAUAGAGGAUAUGUACUGUGCACCAGAGGUUGGUGGGGUUGGAAGAGUAACAGAGGCCUGUGACUGGUGGAGCCUUGGAGCAUUGCUGUUUGAACUUCUAACUGGGAUGGUAACUGUUGACGCUUUUGUGACAUCUUGUUUUUUUUUUGUUGUUGAGAUUUUAUACCAGUUGCAUAAAGACCUUGUCUCAGUGCUACCCUUCCAGAAUCCAUCCUUACACCCAGCUCAAACUCCCGGACCAUCUCAGUCCUACAGCAGUGUCACUUCUCCAACAGUUGUUGCAGUGGGAUUAUCGCUGCCGGCUUGGUUCUGGUGAGAAUGGAGCACAGGAGAUAAAAUCUCACUCCUUUUUCAGCACUGUCAACUGGAACAAGCUGAAUGGUUAUAGAUGAAGCGAUUUGCAGAAAAUCCUCUACCUAACAACAGAAACUCAGAAGGAGAACAGAGUGGACUCGGACGAUCAGGGAAUUGAUGCACCUAUGCUGACUCUUAAAGUUUCUGCAGCCAUGAGCAACAGCAGAAUGCAGCCAAGACUGGAGAUCUACAAGGCACAUUUAAGCCAGUUACACUGACACUAAAACUGGUCAUGGGUCCCUUCAGCUCACUGCAACAAUGCCUGUGUUGGCAAAGAACCAAUCAGACACUCUUCAGUGAAUUUUAAACCUCGAUCAAGUGACGUUAAUCAUUUUUGUGAUGAGAUAUACAUAGACAUAAAGGCUCUUCCUGGUUAAGGAACCCUUUAUCUGGCAGCCAGCUCCUAUUUGUCCAUAAGGGAAUCCCCUAACUCUCAAUUUUGCGGUUUAAUGUAUUCGUCUUUCUCUUUGCAUCUCUGUAGCAAAUAACCACUUUCUACACCAAAUGAUCAGAUUUGCUACUUUUCCUGAGCUCACAAAUACAGGCAGGGUUGGCAAUCCCCAACUGCCUUGGCCUGAAUUUCAAAAAUGUAUCAAGGUAUACGAUGCUAAAACUAAAAUGGGGCCUAUUGAUUAAUUGGAUCAGUAGUGAAAUCUUGUCAGGACGUCUCUUCUUUCCCCCUCCUAUCUUGGAGAAGUAUCUGGUGGUGUGAGAUCAGACAUUUGGGAACUUCAAUGAGAAAAGGGUCCUGGGCAUGUACCUAUGUCUCACUAUCCUGUGAGGUCACAUAUUGAGCUUCCAAUAAUCCAGAGCUGCUAGACUGCUGUUUUCUAAAUAUCUUACAGAAUUUUAACAAAAAGCAUUGAAGUAGUUUGGUUCAAAUGUGUCAGUGAAUGGGGAUCUGCAUUUUGAUAGCUAUUACAUGUCACUCCUCUGGAAAGCAAGCCCCUCUACCCCCAGAAGUAUUGCUAAAGAUUCUUAACAAUACACAGAGUUCCCCACUUUACUUGCCUAUAGCCCCAAGUUGACAGAAUAGAAUUCUACAUUUAACAAGGAUUACUAUCUAUAAUGAAUAAAUGGGUAAAUAAUUAUGAACUAUUUGCAUAUGACACAACUAGUUGAAAUUCUAAACCCUUUAUAAACCCCUUCUACACAUGCAUGUGGGCAGAAAUACAACAUGUAUGUUAUGGGCAGAGAGAGAAGACUUGGAAGACCGGGUUUAUUGCGAUUCCUUUGGCUUGCCAAAAUGUCGUAAUCCUUGAUUCUCCUUUGGCACCUGAUUGCAAGAAGACACAAGGUGUGUAGGUUCACAUGCUUUAACUCUCAGGUUUACGAGUUAAGAGCCACUGCUUACAAAACUGCUAAGGGAAAAGUAAACUAGUGACCUUGAGGCUCGCGAUGUUUUAAACUACAUCUUUUGCUUCUCACCUUAAAGCUAUGCCCACUAAUUUUCAACUCCCCUACCCUGGGGAAAAGGCCUUGGCUAUUCACACUAUCCAUGCCCCUCAUCAUUUUGUAAACUUUUGUUAGAUCACCCCUCAGUGUCUGAUACAGAAACCCGGAAGGACAACAGAGUGGACUUGGAUGAUCGGGGAAUUUGCGUACCUAUGCUGACUCUUAAACAAUUUUCGCAGCCAUGUGCAACAGCAGAAUGUAGCUAAGACUGGAUAUCUACAAGGCACAUUUAAGCCAGUUACACUAAGACUAAUCAACCUCUCCCAAUAGCUCAAACCCUCCAAAUCCAGCCCUUGCAACAUCCUUGUUAGUCUUUUCUGAACCUUUCGAGUUGCACCACAUCUUUCCAGGGUGACCGGAAUUGCGCACACAAUUCCAAAAGUGGCCUAAUCAAUAUCCUGUCCAACCUCAAUAUGACCUCCCAACUCCUAUACUCAAUGCACAGACCAAUAAAGGCAAGCGUACCAAACAUCACCUUCACUACUCUUGUCUACUUGUAACUUCACUUUCAAGGAACUAAUAACCUGCACUUCAAGGGCUCUUUGUUCAGCAACACUCCCUAGGACCUUACCAUUAAGUGUAAAUCAGAAAAAGCAAGGGUCCCAACACUGAUGCUGGGGAGCACUGUUUUCAACUAGUCUUCAAUCUGAGAAAAGCUAACCAACUUGCCAUGUGGCACCGUAGCAAAUGCUUUCUGAAAGUUCAGCUAUACAACAUCCCCAGCGCUACCCUCACCCACUGCCGGUAUCACCCCUUCAAAGAGCACAAUUAAAUUUGUCAGAAAUGAGCUGCCCUUGACAAAGCCCCAUGUUGACUGUCUAAUAUUAACGUUUUUUUCCCAAGUUGUUUCAGUUACCUGGGACCCAAUCAUAUAGUUGUUGGCAGACCUUUGUCAUCAAUAACCAGUCACAAGUCCAUUGACCAAUCAGGUACUUAAUUACCAGCGAAAGUUCCUUUUGUACACAUUCUGAUUCCAGUUCAACCGAAAAUUAAGCUUUCACUACUGCUUGAAGUUUUUUUUCCAACUUGUUCAGAGAUGUUGUGAGACACACCUCAUCUGCUCCAAACUUGAAUCCAGGCCUGUUGGCUGAGAGGUAGGGACAUUACCACUGUAUCACAAGAGUCCAAGAAGUAGUUGUGUAAACACUACUUACAAUCGGUGUCGGAUGACUUUUUUAAAGAACUGCAGCAAUCUCCUUGCAUUUUACACCAGUUCUUUUUUCAUUCCAGUCCACAAUUGUAAACAAAGAAAAAGAAAUAAGAUGGUCUUUACACUCCUACUGGUUCUGGGCCAUUACAGAAGUUAGUCUCUUACAUCUGUAAGUGUGCAGACCUGUGGUUAAAGCUUUUACUCCUUUCAGGACUUGGAUUGCUAUGCUCAGUCAGCUGUUUGAACAGAUGAAGAUAGUUGUCAUUGACAACUUCAAUCUGACUUUCCUUUUCUAGCCUUCCAAUUACAUGUUCUCUGUCCUUUUUUCAGAACAAGUGAAACCAUCUUUUGCUUUAAAGUACAGACAGGACAGGAUCCAGUACCGAAUUUUGUAAUGUCUCCCAAUAAAGCUAUAUCAUUGGGCUGGUUAAUCUGAUAUAAAUGUAUUGUUCUGGAGUCUUACUGGCUACUGAAAUGGGGAAUAAUUCAGUUAAUGCCUAGUAUGUUAAUGCUGCAUGUAUUCUAUCCUAGUGUUUGCUGCAACAUGAUGUCUGCUGCAGUGAUUCCAUGUUUAGCAUCAUGGUAUAAAUAAUUUUCAUUGUAAAGUAUUCACAGUUCUGACUCUGGAGCUUGGUAUCCAUUGUGGAAAACUCAUGGGUGAAGAGGAGUGAACUGGGCAGCUGGGGAAAUGGUUAAGUGACCAUCUGUCUGUCUACCUCCAGUUGCAAGCAGUCAUUAGUUGAAUUUUCUGCAUCUCCCUCUUCUGUUUUUUUUAGCUAAAUGCCCAUGUUUUGUUCAUUAAUUAAAAGUCUAUGCUUCAAUGUUAACUGUGCAAUGCACAGUACAGCUAAAUUUAUUACUGCUUUCUGUUAAAAUGUCAAAAGCUAAUUAUUGUUGCUGAAGGACAUUUGUAAUUGUCAUGAAUGAAUUCUUUUAUCUACUUUUUUUAAAAGGAAAACUAUUUAUCCC